AUGAGUGCGCUCCUCAUAAUCGCUAUAUGUCUUAUCAUAUAUAAACUCGUAACACGUCGUACUGUUACGUGGAGAAAGUUUACGAGAUAUGGAGAUGACAAAGUAGCCAAUUUGAAGCUAGCUCCUGGUCCGAUACCCUUACCAGUGAUAGGGAGUAUGCACUUGCUUGGAAAGCACGAAUCUCCCUUCCAAUCGUUCACAGAAUUAGCGGGAAUUUACGGAGACAUAUAUAGCAUUAAGCUGGGCUCUGCACAAUGCCUAGUCGUCAACAGUUUGGAAAAGAUACGAGAGGUACUAAAUCAAAAUGGAAAAUUCUUCGGCGGUCGUCCAGACUUCCUGCGCUUCCACAAACUCUUCGCCGGUGACAGAAAUAAUUCCCUUGCCCUCUGCGACUGGUCGAAUCUGCAACUGAGACGCCGCAACCUCGCCAGACGUCACUGCGGCCCGAAACAGCACACUGACAACUACGCAAGGAUCGGUUCUGUGGCUACAUUUGAGUCGAUCGAGCUCAUUCAGACUCUGAAAAACGUAACGAGGUCAACUACCGGCAGUAUUAACUUGAAACCCCUCCUAAUGUCAACAGCUAUGAACAUGUUCACCAAUUACAUGUGCAACAUUCGAUUUGAUGCUGAAAACGAUGCCGAAUUCAAAAAAAUCGUUGAUCAUUUCGAUGAAAUAUUCUGGGAGAUAAACCAAGGUUAUGCUGUUGAUUUCCUUCCAUGGUUGGCUCCAUUUUACAAAAAGCAUAUGGACAAACUAUCUAGCUGGUCACAGGACAUUCGUUCUUUCAUACUCUCCCGGAUAGUUGAACAGAGGGAGAUCAAUUUGGACAUGGAGGGACCGGAGAAAGACUUCCUUGAUGGUCUCUUAAUGGUGCUCCAUGAUGAUCCAACAGUUGACAGAAACACGAUCAUAUUUAUGCUCGAAGACUUUUUGGGAGGUCACUCAUCUGUUGGUAACUUAGUAAUGCUCUGUUUAUCCGCUGUUGCAAGAGAUCCCGAAGUCGCUAAAAAGGUGAAGGCAGAAAUUGACGGUCUGACUAAAGGCAAACGAGCUGUGACGUUAGCUGACAGAAAUCUAUUGCCAUACACUGAAGCAACGGUCUUAGAAUGCUUGAGGUACGCCUCGUCUCCCAUUGUACCUCACGUAGCCACCGAAAACGCAAACAUAUCUGGAUACGGCGUAGAAAAAGGAACGAUCGUCUUUAUAAACAACUACGAGUUGAAUACGUCAACGAAAUACUGGGACGAACCACAGAAAUUUGAUCCAUCAAGAUUCUUAGAGCGUACCAAAGUACGUGCACGCAGGAAUUCACAAUGUGACUCGGGCAUGGAAUCCGACAGCGAAAGAACUGGGCCAAUUAAUAGAGCGACUGAAGUAGAAAGAGAAAUUGUUACUGUUAAGAAGAAUAUACCACAUUUUCUGCCAUUUAGCAUCGGUAAAAGAACGUGCAUUGGACAAACUCUCGUAACGACUAUGAGUUUUGUCAUGUUCGCGAACAUCGUUCAGGAGUUCGAUGUAGCAGCUGUUAAUUUUGAGGAUUUACGACAGAAACCCGCGUGCGUCGCACUACCAAAAGACACUUACGAGUUCUACCUGUUGCCGAGAAAAUAUUAG